AUGUUAAUUUUCCCCCUCUCACCUUCGAUUUCCUGCAAAAAGGGGAUAGACUUUAGCAAAUCCAAAGGGGCUAGUUGUCUGAAGCAAACUUCGAAUCAAGCAAAGAGAGACACGCCAGGUGUAUCGUUUCCAGGCCUUUCAUUUUCCAGCUUAAAGCCUCGGCUCCAGUCUUCGUAUAUUCCGACUAGGGAGAAUAUAAAUCCGGAGAUUGCAUAUGCUUUUCAUUUCUCUGGAUCUAUGAAUAUCCCAAAUUCUGCCAACGAACCGACCCGGACACCGAAACUUCGAGACUCUGUACACACCCCAAAUCCAUUCAAAGUUGAGCAUAUUUAUCCUUCUAUCUAUCUCAACCCUCCCGCUCUACACUCCACCACCCAGCCUCCUUGCUCCUCGCCUCCUCUCCCCCUCCCAUAUUACCCGUAUCCGGCGGCGUCAAAAUUGCGCCCCACGAUCACUUCAUAA